UGCCAUGAGUUUAUACUUACCCUUUGGAUAAAUAAUACUCGUCCCCCUUUCCUUAAUCAUUUCUAGUAUUAUCUACAAACCAAAAUUCUAAUUGUAAACGAGACAAAAUGACCAAAAAGGAUGCAGCCAAGAAAGCAAAGGCAGAAAUUACCGAGGAAGAUCUGGACUUGCCCAUAUUCGAUGAAAAAACUAAGGAGCUGGUGGCAAAAUGCUGCGGAAAAGAAGUUAGCGGCACUUACGAAAUUCUGCCCGAAGUUAGCCUCAAGGACAUGGGUUUCGAAGAAUCUGAAAAACUCAUUAAAUGUGAAUUUGGCGCCAAAAGGGCAUUCAUUCUUGAUGAAAUCAAUAAAAUUGUAAGAGGCAAGAUUUGCCCCGACGUGGAGAUCCGUGUGGGCAAUAAAAGCUUCCGAUGCCACAUGCCCGUGUUGCAACUGUGCACAGAUUUCUUCAAGAAAUUCGACUCAACCGAUACGAUCACCAUAAGUGCGAAGGUGAUAAGUGCCAAGGGAUUCGAGCUGGCCUACGAGUGGAUGAUCAAUCCGGAGGCCAAGCUGCAGAGGCAACACAUCCUGGCGCUUUACGUGGCCGCCAAUUUCUUGGACAUGCCAGAGCUGCUGACUCAUCUGUGGAGUCGUCUUGAUGACCCUAAACUGAUAAUCCACGGAGACGCCUUUCAGCUGUACGUGGAAUCUAUACCCUAUAAGGUUUCCUUGCUUCAGGAGUUGAUGCUCGACCGCAUCCAAAAGUUCUUCCUGUUGGCCGUUGCCACCGAGGAGUAUCUGGACUUGGAUGCAAAGCACGUUUUUGAUAUGCUUUGCAACUCCAAUAUGUGCGUCAACUCCGAGAUGGAGAUGUUUAUGAGCGCCGUACGGUGGCUACUGCACGAUUGGAGCAGUCGACGGGAGUACGCAGUCACUCUGAUGCAAGCUAUUCGAUUCAAUUCCAUGCCAGCCUGGUACACCACCGUUCUGAAGGUGAAGCAACUAGAACCCCACAUGCAAGAGUUGCUGAACAUACCGGAGAUCGAGGCCAUGAUCAACCUGGGACUCUCGUUUUCCAUCACCGAAAAGUUCGUGGACCCUGCGUCGCCGCUGAAGGAGCCCUUGGGGCUGAAGAAGCCCCUGGAGCGACAGUGGGUCGUCCAUUCGGGAGUGCGCCAUCACCACAGCUACGAGUGCCCUAAGUGGCAGUUUCUGACCCUGGAAGUGUUCAACAAUUAUCUGGUACAGAUCAUCGCCGAAGGCCAAAGCUAUUUGGAAAAGCUGGAGCACGGCGUACCCGACCAGCUGAUGCCCUGCUGUCGAGCAUUAAAGAAUGGUUGAAUAAAUAAGCCCUGCCCCUGGGGAUCGAGAACCGA